AUGGAAAGAGAAGAAGCAAUGUGUGAAGCAGGUAGAUUGAAAAAGCAAGCUGAGGACUUUGAGGAGAUGAUCUCAGAGGUUCCUUUUCGGUACCGUGCUGGGGAAUCAAAAAUUUCAAUAUUCAAUAGAAGUCCAAAGGUGGAGAUUUCACAAGAACAGCCCCUUGACUUUAGCGGAGUUUUGUUGGCUAAGCCUGACACUAUUUUCUCUGGAGCAAAACGGAAAGCUAUAACUCUCUUUGAAGAGGUUGCUGAUAAGCCUUCAUUAAGUAGUGCUCCAGUGAAAAAUGUUACGGAGUGGAAUUGUGAACUUUGUCAGGUAUGUACUACAAGUCAAGAUGGCCUGAAUGACCACUUGCAAGGAAGAAAACACAAACGCAAGGUGGUUGCUUUGAGAGAACACAAGGACGACAAAAAUUGUAGCAUUGGUCUUUUACCAAAGAAACCAAAACUUAUGCAGCCUAUGGAACGCCCUUCCUAUGAUCUGCUAUUCGGGGAGAAAUUAGAGGAAGGAUCAUCAGCUACAAACGAUAACGAUCCACCAUCAUUGUUGAUAGAUGAUAGCGCAAAUGACUUGAGAAAGAAUGCAGCUCAUGAAAAGCAAGACAAUAGGGAGUUCACAUUUUGGUGUGACACAUGCCAAAUCGGUACCUUCUCUGAAAUAGUGAUGGAGUCACAUAAGAUUGGAAAAAAACACAAACGCAAAAAAAAAAACUGCAGCAUUUCUCUUUCACCAAUGAAACCACAAUUCAUCCAGCUUGUGGAACAUCCUUGCGAUGAUCUGAUAUAA